UGUCAUUUCCUCCUUCCUCCAACACGCAAGCCCCUUUUUUUAAUCUUUUAUUUUCCUUCACAGUUCUCAAAACCCUAGCAGCACGGCACCUUCUUCUCCUCCUCCUCAGUCCUCGCCGCACGACGCCUAUCUCCGAAAGCAUCGAAGACUCGCAAGAAAAGCACCAGCAUUCGCCGAAGGAGCGGAAAAGGGAGUAACCCAGAAAAAUUUCAGUGGAAGGGAUCGGAAAAGAAGGCGGAACGCGCGGUCCCUGUGCGCGGAGAGGCUGCACACCGCCGCGAACUCCUCCUCCUCCCCCUUGCCGCCGCCGCCGCCCCGCCCCACUCGACGACGCCGCCCUCCCCCACGAGUGCCUCCCUCGUGAAGUUCCUCCUCACGGCCCUCGCCUCACUCUUUUCUCUUUCUCUGGCCGUCUCUCGCCGUCGCGGGCUCGCCUUCACUCGCGGCCUCCACCCUUUCGGACACGCGUGUCGAAGCAUGUCCGAACGUGUCCGAGCGUGUCCGAGCGUGUGUCGACGUGUCUCGGAAGCUCCGGCAACGUGUCGGUGCUACCUAGGGGUGAACUACCUGAAAACAGAGUCUCAAAUUUUCAGCAAAUAGUCGUUGCCGAUUGGUAAACUCCAUCAUCCGAUGGCUUCUUCAUUGAAACCCAAAAGGAUUUAUGAUGUCUUCUUGAGUUUCAGAGGUGCAGACUUGCGUAACAACUUCAUUGGCCAUCUUUACCAAGCUUUACACCAUAACGGAAUAUACACUUUCCGGGAUAGUGAGGAAUUGAAAAAGGAGAUCAAAUAUCGCCGGUACUUAUGAAGGCUAUUGAAGAAUCAUGCAUUGCCAUCAUCGUUUUCUCCGAGGACUAUGCUUCCUCAAGGUGGUGCUUGGAAGAGUUGGCGAAGAUUAUAGAGUGCAAGGAGCAAAAGAACCUCAUUGUUCUACCGGUGUUUUAUAAAGUGGACCCAAGAGAAGUGAGAGAGGGCAGAAAGAGUUAUCAGAGAUCUCUGGCUAAGCACGAGUUUAAGUUCGGGAAGGAUUAUGAGAAAGUGAAGAGAUGGAAGAAAGCUCUUUCCGAUGCUGGGAAUUUGUCCGGGUGGCACUUGAAUGAUGGGGACGAGUCAGAGCUUAUACAAGAAAUUGUGAACAAGAUCUCCACUUACCUAGACCGUCCUUUACGUGUUGCUAAGCAUCCGGUUGGCAUAUAUUCCCGAGUUGUUAAGUUGAAAUCGAUAUUAAAACUUGAGUCUAAUGAUGGUGUUCUCAUGGUGGGAUUAUGGGGACAAGGAGGUAUAGGGAAGACAUGUUUAGCAAAAGCUCUUUACAAUGCUCUGUUCAGAAAAUUUGAGGGUGCAUGUUUUCUAGCAAAUGUUAGAGAAACUUCAAAAGAUAGCAGGGGUUUGGUUACUUUGCAAGAAAUAAUACUAAAUGAUAUAUUAUUACCGCAACAAAGAUUAAAGGUGUCCAAUGUGGAUGAAGGUAUUAAUCUAAUACAACGUAGACUUGGUCGCAAAAAAGUUCUCCUCAUCCUUGAUGAUGUGGAUGCCUUGUGCCAUUUGGAUGCUUUAGCAGGAAAAGGCGAGUGGUUUGGUAAUGGAAGUAGGAUCAUCGUUACUACAAGAGAUAAACAAUUGCUAACUUGUCACCGGAUAGAUCAAGAUCAUGUAUAUAAAGUUGAAGCACUAAGUAACAGUCAAGCUCAUGAGCUGCUUAGUAAGCAUGCUUUUCAAACACACCAAAUCAGAACAGAUCUAGUGGAUGGUGCUCUGAAAUAUGCUAAAGGCCUUCCUUUAGCACUUGAAGUGCUGGGUUCCUUAUUAUGUGGUACAACAGAAGAUGUAUGGGAAAGUACAAUAAAGAAACUUUCUAGGAAUCCUAACAAAGCCAUUAAUAAUGUGCUCAAAGUGAGUUUUGAUGGAUUAGAUGAAAAUGAGAAAGAGAUCUUUCUCCACAUUGCAUGCUUCUUUAAGGGGUGGGCAAGAGAGCAUACAAAGAAAGUUCUUGACAGUUGCGAUCUUGAGACAAUUGUGGGAUUUGAUAUUCUCAUUAAGAGGUCCUUGAUAAGCAUUGAGGGUGGCAUCCUACAAAUGCAUGACUUGAUUCAGGCAAUGGGUAUGGAUAUUGUGAACCAAGAAUGUAAAGAUGAUCCUGGAAGACGUAGCAAACUAUGGUUGUAUGAUGAUGUCAUUGAUGUUCUGUCACGUGACAUGGGAGAUUGUGCUGUAAAAGCCAUAGUGUUGGAACUACCUAAGCCAACAGAGAUGUGUAUCAAUCCUGAUGCUUUUACAAAAUUGAGAAGGCUUAGAUUGCUCAUCUUGCACAAUGUGCAUAAUUCUUUUCAAGGUCCUAUAUGUCUUCCUAAUGAGCUUAGAUGGUUUGAAUGGCCUGGAUGUGCUCACCAGAUUCCAAAAUUUUCAGCUAGUCCAAAGAAAUUAGUGGGACUUAAUAUGAGUAAAGGCAAUAUCACAGGAGUUCUUAAACAAUUUAAGGACUUCCAAAAUUUGAAGUACAUCAAAUUCAGUCAUUGCGAGUCGAUGGUUCACAUGCCUGACCUCUCGUGUACUCCAAAUAUUGAGGAAUUGGAUUUCAGUCAUUGCAAAAACUUGGUAGAAGCCCAUGAGUCCAUCGCAUAUCUUGACAAGUUGCAGGUGUUGAAUUUAGGGGAGUGCUCUGAACUUAGUGUUUUUCCCAAUGUGCUCAAAAUAGUUCUCCCUCAAGGAGAGAUGCCACAAUGGGUCCUUCCUAUUGAAGAGGAUUCCGUGUCUGUCAUGGUUUCAAAGGACUUGUAUGACAAGAUUCUUGGAUUGGCAUUCUGUGGCAUUCUUGGCGAUGUUAUACCCAACACUAACAUUUUAGUGCGCGCACAUGUUGAUGGUAAAGAGCAGCGUCCAAUAUCCGAAGGGUUCCCCUAUCCAUUGCAUUCGGAACAUAUCUACCUUUGCUAUGUCAAACCAUCUAACUUGUGGGGAGUAAUUGAUUUUGGUCAAAUUGAUGGGAAUAAUGUAAAGUUGAGCCUUACAAAAUCGACAGAAAGUGAAAAAUUGGGGACUCCGAAUAAUAUGCAAGCAAUUAGGGAACGAUUUAAAGGUGGAUCUUCGAGAUAA